AUGGCACGGGGUAAUAAUAACGCAAAUACAAAAGGCGGCGGAAAAGGGCAGAGAGACUUUCCACAGAUGCGGUUUGGGAAAAGAGAGAACAAAGAAGACCCGGCAAACUUUAUAAAGAUUGGGGAGUACUCACAUCCUGUAAAGAACACCAAUAUGAUUGUAAUUCGGCUAACAGAAAAUAUUGUUCCAUACUUUAAUGCAGGAAUCUAUGGAGAGGGAGAGAGAAAGAUUGCAGACAUUCAUGAAAUAUUUGGAAAGUUUGAUGAUCACGUAUAUGCUAGUAUUACCAUUGAUAGCAAGCUGGAUAUAUCAAAGUACCAGCCAGGCUCUAUUUUCAGAGCGGACAAGUUCAGAUGUCUUUCAUUUGACCGAGUUAAAGGAGCUAACACGCACACACCAAAGAAUGCAGCACCCAAGAAGGCAGCCAACCUGCCACAGCAGUUUAACAGAGGAAGAAGCUCCAAAUAUAGAACAAAUGCACAGAACGAGAAGGUUCGGCAGUAUGCUGAUUCACAAAUAAGACAGAACCAAAGAGACAGCAGAGACCCAAAGAAGAGAAAUGAGUUUUUGAAGAAAACAAUUGAGAAGAGAGGAUCAGAAAUUAAAAUGAAUAGAAGAACAACCUUUACAUACGAUGAAUAA